AUGGCUAAGUCCAAACGACAGUCCGCUGGCACAACUUCUCAGCCAGAACGGUUGAACGAUCAGUCGCUGUCGAGCUUAACAGCCAAGAUCGAAAAAAAUUUGAGCAACCCCUCCAAAGUUGACGACUCCAAGAAGAACAAGAAAAGAAAACACGCCUCCGACGAACCCUCGACGAGCCAUCACCAACGAAAGAAGCAAGCCCACGCGCGUGAGAACCCAACACACGACGGCAAAGCAGCGCAGACCAAGCCAAAGGGCAAAAAGGGUGGCCCCCUCACUCGAGACGACCUCCUGGAAGAAAUUCGUGCCCUGGGCGGCGAUGAGGAAGAUCUGAAGCUUAUCGGAGAUGUCGAUUCUGACCAGGAGGAAACCGCUGGCGAGGCUGCCUCGAUCUCUAACGACCCUGUCGACGGGAAGCUCCAAAACGAACUCGCUGCUUUCGCCGCUCAGCUCGGCCUCCAGCAGUACCACGAGGAAGCCACUGCCAGUGACCUCAACGGGGACGACAACGUUGACGAAGACAAUGACCAGCUCGACGAGGACGAGCCAAUUGCCGAGUUCGAGACCGCCAACAGCUUCACCAAUCAAUUGCCCGCUCAAGAACCUACCCGCAAAGAUGCCAAGGAUGCGCCCAAGAAGCAGUUCAUAUUUGAGCCUCGCUCUGAUUGGCACGGCGCCGAACUGAGCCAGCUUCCUGAGCCAACCUCUGCCGAAGUAGACGGUAGCCUCGGUACUGUCAACGCGCUUAAAACACAUGCAUUGGCCCUCCUGGAGGCAGACGCGUUGGCGUAUACCAAGAGCGUUCUAGCAUCAUCCUCCCGAAAGUUCUUGUCCACUAUCAUGUCCUCGGGAACCCUGUCCGAUAAAGUGUCGGCACUCACCCUGGCCAUCCAAGAGUCGCCUUUGCACAAUGUUAAGGCCUUCGAAUCGCUAUUGGGACUCGCAGCCAAAAGGAGCCGUGCUCAGGCGAUUGGAGCGCUGGGCGCGCUUGUCGAUCUUCUCGGACCCGGCCUCGUCCUGCCUCCAAACAGAAGGUUGCGGACGUUCCAGACCCAGCCAGGUUUGAUCGGAACACUGCAAAGAUCGCCAGUCAGAAGCUGGAAUUCCAGCCAGCCCCUUCCCGGUCGUCUGACGGAAGCGCAUCUCGUUCAAUGGGCAUACGAAGAUUGGCUGAAGACAUCAUAUUUCAGGGUCAUUCAGCUUCUCGAAGUAUGGUGCAAUGACGAGAUUGAAUACUCUCGCACUCGUUCUCUGGAUUUCGUCUACGGCUUGCUCAAAGACAAGCCGGAACAAGAGACGAACCUGCUGAGAUUGCUGGUAAACAAACUUGGUGAUAAGGACCGGAAGAUUGCCUCAAGAGUCUCAUAUCUUUUGCUCCAACUUCAGAACACUCACCCGGGAAUGAAGCAGGUCGUCAUCAAGGGCAUUGAGCAAGAGGUUCUUCUUCGGCCAGGCCAGACCUUCAGAGCAAAGUACCACGCCACGAACACCCUGAAUCAGACAAUUCUGAGCAACCGUGAAGUGGGCACGGCGGAAGCGCUUCUCCGUAUCUACUUUGACAUAUUUGUCACUCUUCUUAAUAGCUCCGCCCUCGGAAAGGCCUCUAAUGAAGGCCAGCAGGAACAGGUGGCUUCAGGAAAGGAAUCGAGCGUGACGACAGAAACGGCCGAUAAGCUGGUCACUGCAGUACUGACAGGCAUCAAUCGCGCAGUGCCAUUUGUAGCUGCGCAUGACCCCAUUCUUGAGACUCAGAUGGACACACUAUUCCGGAUUGCGCAUUCUACAAAUUUCAACACCAGUAUUCAAGCACUCAUCCUUAUCCAGCAAAUAUCCGUAUCAAGACAGUUAGAAUCAGAUAGGUUCUACAGAACUCUGUACGAAUCUUUGCUGGAUCCCCGACUCGCCAACUCUUCAAAGCAAGCUUUGUACCUCAACCUGUUGUUGAGGUCUCUGAAGGCCGAUGUUGAUACGCGCCGGAUCAAAGCCUUCGCGAAGAGGAUGUUGCAGAUUCUCAACAUGCACCAGCCUGCUUUUGCCUGCGGCCUGUUGUAUGUGGUUUUCCAACUGCGCGUUCAGUUCCCCGACUUGAGGGCACUCCUUGAAGAGCCUGAGGACAAUGACGUCGAAGAAACGGCCGGUUCACCAGUGGAUCAGGAGCAAACCAAGUCCGUCUCUAGGGGAACAUUGUACGACGGUCGCAAGCGGAACCCGGAGCAUAGCAACGCGCAAAACAGUUGUCUCUGGGAAAUUGUCCCCCCCCUUACUCACUUCCACCCUUCCGUGUCGUUGCUCGCCACCAGCCUGUUUUCAGAUGACAAGCAGAUGGCCAAACCGGACUUGGAGAGUCACAGCCUGAUUCGCUUCCUCGACAAGUUUGUGUACCGCAGUCCCAAGGUAGCAGAGGCUGCCCGAGGAGCAUCGAUCAUGCAGCCGGUGCGCAAUCCGGACUCUGGCAGCAUCUGGCUUGCCAAGAGGACUGGCUCGGCAGCUGCUGCGCCCAUCAACACACCAAACUUCUGGAACAAGAAAAUUGAGCAGGUUGCAGCAGAGGAUAUCUUCUUCCACGAGUACUUCAAGCAGGCGGGCAAGAAGAACGAGGCAGGCAAGAAGGAGGCCAAGCCGUUGGCCUCCGUGCCGGAUGAGCCCGAGGACGAUGCCGAGGAGGAUGAGAUCUGGAAGGCGCUUACUGCUUCGCAUCCCGAUGGUCCGAUUGACAGCGACGAGUCUGAUCUCGACAUGGACGGCUUUGACGACAGCGACGACGACUCAGAUGGUGGCGUUGUAUUUUCCGAUGGCUCCGGUGCCGAGCUGUCUGACGGCGGCGAGGUCAAUGAGGACGUUGAGGGAUUCGAAGAUGAGGAGGACGAUGACGACGAUAGUGACGAGAUGGGCCAUGGAGGAGAGGCUUCUGAACUUGCUGCGCUUCCUGAGGAAACGAAGGAGGCGAGCGAGAAGAGCAAGCGUGCUGGCCGAUCAUCAAAGAGGAAACUCAAGGACCUUCCCAUGUUCGCCUCUGCGGAUGAUUACGCAGAGCUGCUGGCCCAGGAAGAGGACAUAUGA